AUGGCCUCCUCAACCCUUCCUUCAAACGACGCUCUCAUCAACAUUGGCACUCACUCUCUGGCCCUCUACAUUCACGGCCCACAGCCCAGAACCUCCAAAGAGCCCGUUGUACUAUUUGUCUCUGGUGUAGCAAGCGAUGCUCUCAACUGGCAAGCCGUGGUGCGAUUGCUUCCUCGCUCGCUGCGAAGCUACACGUACGACCGUUCCGGCUAUCGCAACUCCGAGUCCUCACCAGUCGUUCCCUCAGCUGAGAACGUUGCUAUAGAGCUCUCUCUUCUAAUCGAAAAGGCUCCCAUUCCAAAUCCUCUAAUCAUCGUGGGGCACUCCUGGGCCGGUGUGAUCAUACACGAGUUCAUCUCACUGAAGGGAACUAGCCAGAUCGCUGGUCUAGUGCUUGUUGACGCCAACCAUGAGACAGCGCCAUUGGUGAUAGAUGUAGAUGAGCCGAUUCUCUGGAAUGUUAUAGCAGCAGGCGUUGAGCCAUACGCUGCUUGGGGUGUUGAAGCAGAACGCAAGUUGACUCGGGAGGAUGGGAUGCAUUCAAAGCUGCAGAAGCGACCGAUAAAUACAAGCUAA